UGCCCUCCACUGACUGCAGAGAGGGAGAUCCUCAAUACUUGACUCCAUCACGCAGAUGGGAGCAGGCACCAGCUAUGGAGAGGGAUACAGCUGUGUCUCCACAUGACCCAUCCUGCAUGACACCAAAGCCACCGCCAGACAGUGCCUCGGAUUCUAUGCAAAACCCGGGGAGCGGAGACCUACCCGAGUCCCGGGAGGAAGCUAGCUCUUCAGGGGAUCAUCUGAGGACUGGAGUUUGAUACAUGAACCUGGCUUCAAGGCUUUGCUUUUCUCUAUUCUUCAUUCAUAUUCAUUCUCAACACCUUAGAAGGUGUUGCUUAAUUUAUUUCUAGAAAAGCAGCCCAGAGUCAGUCAUUGAAGCCUUCCCCACCCCCUGGCCAAAAAAAAAAAAAAAAAAUUGGACACAUUUUGGCUCUGUUGGGAGCCUGGAAUCCAGUGGUUGGCGUAAUUGUCACAUUGGGAGCGGAGAAGCAGCAGCCAGGGGCCCUGGUCAGGGGACCGAGCCAUAGGGUCCCAGCAUGGCACCCAAUGGCACAGCCUCUUCCUUUUGCCUGGACUCUACCGCCUGCAAGAUCACCAUCACCGUGGUCCUUGCGGUCCUCAUCCUCAUCACCAUUGCUGGCAAUGUGGUCGUCUGUCUGGCUGUGGGCUUGAACCGCCGGCUCCGCAACCUGACCAAUUGCUUCAUCGUGUCGUUGGCUGUCACUGACCUGCUCCUCGGCCUCCUGGUGCUGCCCUUCUCUGCCAUCUACCAGCUGUCCUGCAAGUGGAGCUUCGGCAAGGUCUUCUGCAACAUCUACACCAGCCUGGAUGUGAUGCUUUGCACAGCCUCCAUUCUCAACCUCUUCAUGAUCAGUCUCGACCGGUACUGCGCUGUCAUGGACCCACUGCGGUACCCUGUGCUGGUCACCCCAGUUCGGGUCGCCAUCUCUCUGGUCUUAAUUUGGGUCAUCUCCAUUACCCUGUCCUUCCUGUCUAUCCACCUGGGGUGGAACAGCAGGAACGAGACCAGCAAGGGCAAUCAUACCACCUCUAAGUGCAAAGUCCAGGUCAAUGAAGUGUACGGGCUGGUGGAUGGGCUGGUCACCUUCUACCUACCACUACUGAUCAUGUGCAUCACCUACUACCGCAUCUUCAAGGUCGCCCGGGACCAGGCCAAGAGGAUCAAUCACAUUAGCUCCUGGAAGGCAGCCACCAUCAGGGAGCACAAAGCCACAGUGACACUGGCCGCCGUCAUGGGGGCCUUCAUCAUCUGCUGGUUUCCCUACUUCACCGCGUUUGUGUACCGUGGGCUGAGAGGGGAUGAUGCCAUCAAUGAGGUGUUAGAAGCCAUCGUUCUGUGGCUGGGCUAUGCCAACUCAGCCCUGAACCCCAUCCUGUAUGCUGCGCUGAACAGAGACUUCCGCACCGGGUACCAACAGCUCUUCUGCUGCAGGCUUGCCAACCGCAACUCCCACAAAACUUCUGUGAGGUCCAACGCCUCUCAGCUGUCCAGGACCCAAAGCCGAGAACCCAGGCAACAGGAAGAGAAACCCCUGAAGCUCCAGGUGUGGAGUGGGACAGAAGUCACAGCCCCCCAGGGAGCCACAGACAGGAAGCCAGCACUGUCCUGCACUACGUGCUCCAGCAACCUCCUGAGCUGCUGCAAGAGCCUGUGGGGGCUCAGGUUCCUUCAGAGACACAUGGGAGGCCCCUCGGAGGAGCCAUCGGGGGAGCCACUGUCUGAGGAGCCACAGAAGAGACCUCCCCAGAAAGCGGUGAGGACGCUGCCCUCUGAGGCUGUCUAGACCUAGCCCCAGGACACUGAAGAUACUGCUCCUGGUCCCCAAGAUGUGACUCCUGGAGCUCCUAAGGACCCAGUCUCCAAAGCCACCAAGGACUCACCCUGGACUGAGUCUGGGGGCUCCCGGAACACACAGUUGGGUGUGGGGUCCUCAGGCCUAGGGCGGAACAGCCUAUUCUGUGCUCAGCAUUCCCAGACAGGCACACAAGACUCCUCUGGGCCCGAGUGGGCUGAAUCCCAUGGAUUCAAAGCCCAUGUUGGUGCUGGCCCUGGGAGUCACGAGCAGAGACGGUUGGGCAGACGGGGAUGCGUGCACCUGUGUGUGCAUGGGUGCGUACGUGUAGGAACGUGCAUGUCCUCUGAGCAAGGCAGAGGGUAUUGCAAGAAAGCUUUGGUCUCUCACUCCCUCUUGGGUUCUGCAGGAUGAAGGAAAGGAAGGGUAAAGAUAGAGACAGGAAGGAAAUAGCUUUUCAUGAGCACCUGCUGUGUACCAGGUGCUUCCCUGGCAUGAGCUCUUAUAACCCUUACAGCAACAUGAGUUUACAGCAAGAAUCACCACCCCAACUUCACAGAGAUGGAAACUGAGGCUCAGAGAAGUAAGGGACCUACUCAAGGCCACUCAGCACCUAGAAAGUGUGCCUAGCACAUAGGAGGCAUGCAAAAAUAUUUGUUGAAUGGGUGAAUGAAUGAGAGGACAGGUGAAAAGCCAGGCCUCAAACCCACACCGCUGACACUGCACUACACCGCCUCUCAGGAGAGAGGGCAAAUAUUUCCUUGACUCAGCCACCUUCCUCCUAGCAAGGCUUAGACCCCCAGGCCGUGGGGGUCCCUUCCUGCUAGAGUGUGACCCUCUCUGGUGCUUGUCAUCAACAAGUGGUGUGUGGUGGACUUGCUGGGGAGAGUGUCUGCAGCCAGGCUUCAUGGAGGGAGGAAUGGAGCUCGAGGGACUGUAAUGGUUGUGAAUGGAGUUGGCCCCCAGCACUCUCUGGUGGCCGUAUGACCUUGGGCACGUCUCCUGACCACUCUAAGCAGCUUUUGAUUCUCCCUUCCAAGAGGGUAGGCCCCCUGUUCCUAUUCACAGGAUCCAUAAAGUGUCUCAAAGAGACAGGAUAGUGCCAGCCCCAGAGAGAGGGGGCUGUGGAGGGACAUCUGCCCCCAGGGCUUCUCAGUGGCAUCUCCUGGCUGGCCCCUGACACUCAAUCUUCCUUGGUUUCCAAGAUGCCUCGUGGUCUUCCCCCUCCCUAACAUCCCUGACCUCCCUUUUCUGUCCCCUUUGCAACUCAUUGUCCUCUACCUGCCAUCAGAUGUGGCUGUUCUCCAGGCUCAGUCCGGAGUCCUCU